AUGGUGUCUACAAGAGUAGUAGAUUUUCCAGAAGACAUAAGAAAUUCAACAGAGGUCGAGUUACCUCGGAUGAUGUUCGCGGAUGGAGAAGAACCAGUCGGCGUGAGGGUCCUGACGUACCAGUCGUCCAGAUCAAUCAGCAACAUCGUGAAUGCGCUGAACGAGGAUGAGAUCCUAUAUCUGAGAGCUUCACCUUUCGGGAAACUAUUGGAGAUAGGCGAAAAACCGGCUUUUUCUGGUAGAUUUGCUAGAUAUCUACUGUCUCGUCAACUUAAGGUUACAAAAAAACACGAAGCGUGGUUUCGUUUUGCCGGUCAUCCUAUAAGGUUUUCAUUGCGGGAGUUCGCCGUCGUCACCGGACUUAAUUGUGGUGAACUCCCCAAAAAACCGCAGUUGAAGAAGAAGAAGAACAUCAACGAGAAACCUUAUUGGCCGCAGCUUUUUGGCAGUAUGGAAGAUUUGCGAGUUUCGCGGGCGGUGAAGAUGCUUCGGAAAAAAACCGUUACAGAUCCAGAAAUCCGGAUUAAAUUGGCAUGUCUUGCUAUAGUCUCUUCUGUGUUGCUGUCAACAAAUAUAAACAUGAAAAUGCUGAAGGAGUACGCUGAGCUUCUUGUAGACAUCGAGGAUUUUAUGAGUUACCCAUGGGGCCGUCUUGCAUUUGAUAUGCUGAUGACAAGCAUAAAAAACAGGGAUGAGAUAGCGUUAUCUCAGAAUACCAUCGCGUUAAAAGGUUUUGCGUUGGCUCUCCAGCUUGUAAUUGCAGAAGCUGUUCCUUCUUUGACAGAAGUUGUUCAAGAUGCGUGUUCUUCGUCGGAAUCUGAAAGUGAAGAUGAGGAAACAGAGAACCAUGUCAGCAAAGCGAGGAGGAAGACAUUGAAUCCGGCUCACGCACGGGAAGUAGAUAGAAAAGCUGAGGUUGUUGUCAGCAGUAUUAUCCCCCAAGAUCCUCAACGCCCACUCGAUGAAUCCGUUUUGAUUUGGGCAGACGAGGUGUUUGAUAAAGAAGUCGAAAACCUUGUGAACCUUAUUAGUCAAAAAUUUGUGUUUACGAAGGAUAUGUUCAAAGGGGGAGCUACUACUUCAGAUGUGCAGAAGAUGCGUGAAGCGUUGAAAAAUGGACGGACGAAUAAGCAAAAAAGACAGUUAGAAACAGAGAGUGUUGGCAGUGGCGCUGACAAACUUGCAUCUGUUGUGCAAGCACUGCUCCAACCAGAGAUAAAACGGAUUGAUGGUAAUGUCUCUGCUGGGAUUGCGUCGAUGAAGGAAUUAGCAUCGACGUCUCUGGAGUACAAGGACUCGGUCUUAGCCUCUGUUUUGGAAAUGAUAAAAGAUAUGAAAUCUGAAAUCCUAGGAUCCCUACCAGGGGGUUAUGCUCCUGUUGCCUCACAUGGACACCAUAACAGCGUCUCAGCUGGCAAUGUCUCUAAGACAGGUUUUACUAAACCACCUGAGCAACUAGGUGACCGAGGUAAUGGUGACGUAGGUUUUGAGGGUCAGCAUAUCAGCCCCUCAACAGGCAAUGUUUCUAUUGCUGGUUCUUCAAAACAUCCGGAUGGGGGAGGGGAUGAUGAGAAUGCUAACACAAUCGACAAUGUGUUGGAAAAUCUAAGCCAUUACUCAACCCCUCCCGGAUCACCACAGAUCUGCCCUGUUUCAAACGCCCUUCCGGAGGACGAAAAUUCAUCAAUGGCGGCGCGUGCUCCCGGAGGUGUUGACUGCCACCAGGGUACGGACCCCAUCUCCGAACAUGAUACAUCUACCAAUGCUCGCGGACUCCCUGUUCCUCGUCCCAACAACCAAGGCAGUUCAGGAUUCCGUCAGUAUUGUCCGUCAGGGGAACCAUCCUUCUCGUUGGGUCUUACUCAGGAAAAUGCCGCUUCUACCCCUCAUGAAGAAGAUCCGAUGGUAGAGAAUGCAACCGAAGUUGGUGUGGGGAGCCAUCAUGAUACACCUAACUCUCGGAAAAGCAAACGUAUGCGGAUAGUUCCACCGUAUUUACUAACUAGUUACCACUGCGGGAGUACAAUCAUAAAUAGGGCCCGACAGGGACAACUUUGUGGGGGUAGCUACUAUGAGAUGUCAGUGAUUCGCGAGAAGUAUGUUCGUCUCUGCACGUUACUUAAGAAACCAUGUGUUAUAAACGUUGGGGGAAUUUCGGUUACACAGAAAGACAUUCUGGAUAUAGCGGAUAGAAAGCGGUUCUUACCUGGAAAGGUCGUAGAUAUUCUUAUGCGGCUUGUCCGUUCCACCUUUGAUAUUCAAGUAAUGGGUAAAACGGACGUAAGUGCAGCAUUCCUGGACACUCGAUUUGCGUCUUUGUUGUGUAGGAACUAUCAUAAAUUCAAGAUCCAAAACAAUAAGUCCGGUUUACUAUUCAGUAAGAGUCUCAUUGAUGCCGUUAUGAAUAGCUGUCAGUGUUUCACUCCUUCAACGCGUUUCUACCUCCCCUUCUGCAUCAGAAAAAAGCACUGGAUAGGGUUAUGUUUGGAUUUCAGUGAGUCAAAGCUUUUUGUUUUCGAUUGCAACCCUGGUUUGACCGCCGAGACUGCUCUUCUUAAAGAGAUCCAACCAAUCGCCGAAAUGUUUCCAAAACUGUUGAAACAAUGUCGCGUUUCGGUUGCGGGUGGUGAUACGCCCCUUGUCGUAGAAAGGGUCGAAGGGGUGGCGAAGAACCCAAACCCUGGUGAUUCUGGAAUAACCACAGCAAUAAUGAUUCAAACACAUUCCCUGUUUGGGAUUGACCCAUGCCUUGCAAUUACUCCUUCGGUUAUCGCGAAAGAAGCACAGAGAGCUUCAGUUAUGUUGUACGAGUUCCAUGCGAAGCUGUAG